CGGAGCGAGCGCAGCAGCCCAUUGUGCGCCCCACGCGGCGCGCUCUGUUGCAGAGGAGCCCCGGCCGGGAAGUGUGGAUGCGUCUCUCCCGAGGCCGAGCCGCCUCGCCCGCUCUAGUCCAGCGGAGCCGGAGCGCCUCGGACCAAUCCCCGGUGAUUAUGCAAGACAGCGGACCAAUCAGCUCCGCCAGCUCAUGAAUAUUUAUGACCUUGGCUGAGUCAAAGCUUUGAAGCGAGUUUGGGGAGCUCGGCAGCAUCAUGCUUAGACUUUUCAAAGAGGCAAACUCCAUUUUCUUAUGAAUGGAAAGUGAAAACCCCUGUUCCGCUUAAAUUGGGUUCCUUCCUGUCCUGAGAAACACAGAGACCCCAAAAAGGGAAGCAGAGGAGAGAGAGAGACCCACACCUAGACCCCGCGAGAAGAGAUGACCAUGACCACCAUGCCAGAAAGUCUCAACAGCCCCGUGUCGGGCAAGGCGGUGUUUAUGGAGUUUGGGCCGCCCAACCAGCAAAUGUCUCCUUCUCCCAUGUCCCACGGGCACUACUCCAUGCACUGUUUACACUCGGCGGGCCAUUCGCAGCCCGACGGCGCCUACAGCUCGGCCUCGUCCUUCUCCCGACCGCUGGGCUACCCCUACGUCAACUCGGUCAGCAGCCACGCGUCCAGCCCCUACAUCAGUUCGGUGCAGUCCUACCCGGGCAGCGCCAGCCUCGCCCAGAGCCGCCUGGAGGACCCAGGGGCUGACUCCGAGAAGAGCACUGUGGUGGAAGGCGGUGAAGUGCGCUUCAAUGGCAAGGGGAAAAAGAUCCGUAAACCCAGGACGAUUUAUUCCAGUUUGCAGUUGCAGGCUUUGAACCGGAGGUUCCAGCAAACUCAGUACCUAGCUCUGCCCGAGAGGGCGGAGCUCGCGGCCUCCCUGGGACUCACGCAGACGCAGGUCAAGAUCUGGUUCCAGAACAAGCGCUCCAAGUUCAAGAAGCUGAUGAAGCAGGGUGGGGCGGCCCUGGAGGGUAGCGCGCUGGCCAACGGCCGGGCUCUGUCUGCCGGCUCUCCGCCGGUGCCUCCGGGUUGGAACCCCAACUCGUCUUCCGCGAAGGGCUCGGGAGGCAGCGCGGGCUCCUACAUCCCCAGCUAUACGUCAUGGUACCCCUCGGCGCACCAAGAAGCUAUGCAGCAACCCCAGCUCAUGUGAGGCUCGCCCGCACCCGCCCGCCUCCUUCCCAUCUCCCCCGGCUCGGGCCCCUCCCGCCUCCCGGUACAUCCACCCCGUUCGCGUGCCCUGGGUCCAGAGGAGAAGGGCCCAGAGGGAAAGAAGAAAGAACAGUGAAGGCAGGACGCCCGUCGCCUCCUCGGAGUCCCGCGCAGUCUGUCCGGGCGACUUCCCUAGUGCCCACGCCUUUGCCAGACCCCCGGCCUCGGCCCCGCGGUGACAGGCAUAGCGGCGCAAGACAGCCGGAGCGCAGGACAAGCCCGCCGGACCCGACCGUCAACUCUCAGCUGUAUGGGACUAUCAGGAAAAAAAAACAAAGAAAAAAUGUAGACAAAGCAAAAGCUCUUUCUGUCCUGUCCAUCUCUCGUCUCCUUUCGCUCUGUAUCUGUGCGCUGACGAAGUCGAGGUCGUCGUCCGUCCGCGUCCGCUGUCCUCGUUCUUCCGCCUCUGAAAAACAGUCACCGGCUUCAAGGAGGCUUGGUCCACUGGGCCGCCCAGUUCCGGAUACUGGAACAUUUUGUCCGUUCGGAUCUUUUCCUGGGCCUGCCUAACCAUCUGUGUGGCUCUUUUGGGUAUAGGGGAAAAUUGGAGGGAGGGAGUUUUAUUUAUUGAAAAAUGGACUUGCCUGAGGCUGAGUGUUCGGCCAAUUAGCAGUUCUGCGGGGCGUGCGAGGAGGAGCGCAGGGUCCAAACGGACCCCUUACUUUAAACGCACCCAGAAAAACGAAUAGGGAGGAUCUGGAGCUUUUUAACUUAUACAGUAACUUUUGUACUUCGCUAGUAUGGAGAGGUUGGAGCCGAAUGAUUUGCAGUUUUUUCAUGUCCCAUAUUAUUUAAAAAAGAAAAAGAGAAAGAAAUGAACCCAACACAAUUUUCUCAUCUCGGGAAGAACGCUUGAUCUCUGCCUGGCUAAGAAGGAAAAUCCUAAUUCUUUCCUUGUGGAGAGAAAGAACCAAUGACCAGAGAGAGAAAACAGGCAGGCAUGUGCCAGUGCCCUAAUGCCAGGGGGCUUUAAAUUUAGAUGAAAGCAGCUUUACAUCAAUCCCCAGAGGCUUGACCACAGAAUAAUGCCAGUCAUCACCCAAUGCACAGUCUUCAGUGCAGGAUCUAAUUGCUGUACAUAUUAUUGUUAUUAAUUAUUAUUGUUAUGAUUAUUGUUCUGUAAACAUGUUGCACAAGCUUAGCUUUUUUUCCGUUCUGUUGUCUGUGGCUGUAAAACCUGAUGCUUUGUGAAAUGAGAAUCUUGACAUUUUACUUGUGAAAUUUGGAAAAUGUGAUCAACUGAAAUCAACCGUGUUUUGUGUUCUCUAUGUCAAAGUUUAGUUUUAUAUUGAGAAUGUUAACUUAUUGCUUUGUAUC